GUAAAUUAUAUUAUGAAAUCGAUGCCUACUUGUCUGUUUAGCAAAUACCGUAGCGUAUAUCCAAUUUCAUAGUUAAAGCAACCUUAAAAGUAUCGCGCUCUAGAAGAUUUUCUCAGUCUGUGACAAUGAGUAUAAUAUAUAUAAUCGGUUUUGUCGGUGUCUGUAUAUUUGGAAUAAUACAAAUUUAUUUAAAAUAUAUUACGAAAUGGUGUAAAAGUAAAGUGUGCUUGGUUGGUAAAACAGUAAUAGUAACUGGUGCAAAUGCAGGAAUUGGAUAUGAAACGUCUUUAGAAUUGGCAAAACGGGGAGCUAGAGUUAUUCUAGCAUGUAGGGACCAACAAAGAGGAUCAGCAGCAGUUGAAUCUAUUAAAAGAUUAACAGAAAAUGAAAAUGUAACAUUGAAAUUAUUAGAUUUGGCUUCGUUUAAAUCUAUCAAUAAUUUUGUCGAUGACAUAAUAAAAAAUAAGACAAAAAUUGAUGUCCUAGUAAACAACGCAGGGGCUUGGGGAUUGGGUGACAAAUUAUCUGAAGAUGGCUUGCAGAUGGAAUGGCAAAUCAAUCAUUACGGGCCUGUUCUACUUACUCUUCGGCUAUUAGAUAGCAUAAAGAAAUCAUCACCAAGCCGAAUAAUCAGCGUAUCUUCAAUGGCUGCAAGAUUCUCCAAAUUAACAAUGAACACUUUGAGCAGAUUGAAUAACUAUGACAACGAUAAUUUAGUAUAUUGCGACACAAAAUUGUGCAAUAUUUUGUUUACACAAAAACUAGCGAAGUUACUCCAAGAUGAGAAUGUUAGUGUAUUUUCCGUUCAUCCCGGACCUGUGGAUACUCCAAUUAUAACUGGGCGUUGGUCUCCAAAACUGAAAUUUAUAGGAAGGAUUUUAACCAGGUUAUUUUUUUUGACUCCAGAAGAAGGUGCACAAACUCAGAUCCACACCGUUUGUGAACAAGGAAUUGAACAUCUUUCUGGUAGCCAUUUCGAAUACUGUCAUGCUAUAAAGCCGUACAAAGCAGCAAUAAAUUUUGAUUUGGCCGAAACAGUUUGGAAGGAAACUCUGAAAUUUAUCAAAUAUGAUGAAAUAAAAUGAUGCUUAAUUUUUUUCUAAUAAUAAAUUUAUAUGUAAAAAUAAAAACA